UUCGUUAGAUUCCCUCACAAUCCUACAGUUGUUCUUCACGUUUAAUAUUCUCUUUACCGCAGUAUAAUCUCAUUCGCUUUAUAAUGGCAACUAUCAGGUACUUCUUUAUUGUUUUAUCCGUCUGUGUUGUUUGUUCGUUUGCAGAUGAUAGAUUCAAAAAACAUGACUUACUUCUCUUACCAAUGGCGGAUGUGCUCGGCGGUUUGAAGUUUGUAGCUGAAGAUGGUAAAAGUCCGUUGCAUAGUGAUAGAUCAAGUUCAAUGCUUAUUAUAAAAAAAGAUUCUCCUGCAUACAAUGAUGUUAUGAAAAAAAUUGACGAAAACGAAGCGUUACCACACGGUGAUAAGUUCUCAUUCAUUUAUACGUUUGACGUACAAGAUUGGCGCUUUGGAACUAUAAACGUUGAAGAUAAUUGAUAUUGCCUGGAUAAAAAAAAAAUAAACAUUAUACAUUUUUUUAUUUAAAAUACACAUAAAAUUAUAAUAGUUUCAUUUUAAAAGCAAUAUAAUGUCAU